GGUUUUCUGAUGAGGUUUUUGAGGUUUUCUGUUCUUUUGAUUUUAUCGUUGGAUAUUUUUUGUUAUAUUCAUUAAAUUAAUCAAUUUUUGAAGUACAGAUAACAUUUUUCAAUAGCCAUGAGUGACGAUGUACCAGGACCCCGAACUGAGUAUAAGCUGGAAAUGGAUUCGGAACUACGUUUCGAGAUGGAGAACGGCAACGAAAAAGUCACGGUGACGCUUUUGAACGGACAUGCUGAGCUGUACGGCACGGAACUGGUAAUGAAGAAACCGUACGAGUUCGGAGUGGGUGCCAAGGUUGCCAUUUUUACCUACCACGGCUGUACAAUUGAACUUCGUGGAAAGCCGGAUGUUGCUUAUGUGGCCAAGGAAACUCCCAUGGUGCAGUAUUUGAACUGCAAUUCGGCACUGGAGCACCUUCGAACAAAAGCGGAAGAUGAAGACACACGGGGGCCUGUGGUGAUGGUCGUAGGACCAAUGGAUGUAGGCAAAUCGACACUAUGUAGAAUUUUCCUGAACUAUGCGGUGCGCUUGGGAAGAAGGCCUAUUUAUGUGGAUUUGGAUAUAGGCCAGGGGGGAAUUGCCAUACCGGGAACAAUCGGAGCAUUGUUGGUGGAACGACCGGCACCUGUGGCCGAAGGAUUCUCCCAGCAAGCGCCUUUGGUAUAUCAUUUCGGACACACAAGCCCAGGCGAAAAUAGUGUUUUCUAUGACGCGUUGAUUACGAAGUUGGCAGAAACCACUCUGGAACGAUUACAGGCCAAUAAACGAGCAAAACAUUCUGGAAUGAUUAUUAAUACCUGUGGGUGGGUGAAACAAGGUGGCUAUAGUCAUAUUAUACGCGCAGCUAAGGAUUUCGAAGUGAAUGCCAUCUUUGUGCUGGACCAGGAAAGAUUAUACAACGAGCUGCUGCGAGAUGUUUCAUCGAAAUUGGUUCAGGUGGUCUAUUUGCCGAAAAGCGGAGGUGUGGUAAAACGUACCAGGUCCCAGCGAGCAGAAGCCCGCGAUAAUCGCAUCCGAGAGUAUUUUUAUGGGUCAAAAAUGCCAUUGUAUCCGCACUCGUUUGACGUCAAAUUCGGAGAUGUAAAAAUUUUCAAAGUUGGUUCACCUGCUCUACCGGAUUCGUGCCUACCACUGGGAAUGAAGAAAGAGGACAAUUUCACCAAAUUGGUGGCUGUUCAGCCAAGUCUCCAGCUGCUGCAUCAUAUUUUGGCGGUGAGUUUUGCAGAGAGUAUUGAAGAGAACGUUAUCCAGAGCAACGUAGCCGGUUUCAUCUGCGUAACGGAUGUCAACAUGGAGAAAGAAGUGCUAACCAUUUUAUCACCCCAGCCACGGCCGUUACCGCAAAUGAUCCUAUUGGUGUCAGAUUUGCAGUUUAUGGAUAGCCAUUAAUAUAGGUUAAUUUUCAAGACAAAUUUUUGGACUUUUCUCAAAUGGACGUUCCAAAUAAAAUGUGUUGUAAGUUAAA